AUGGCUGCCAAGAGCACCAUGAUGCCUUCCUUUGUCUUCCUCAUGGCGCUGCUGCUCUCGUGCAGCGGCAUUGGUGGCGCAGCGCGGUUGCUGGAGGAAGCGGCGCCCAAGGAGUACCCGCACCCGGCCACGCCGGAGCCGCCGCCGCACCCCACGGUGCCGGAGCUGCCGAAACCCGAGGUGCCAACACACCCAGAGCUGCCACCUCACCCCACUGAGCUGCCCAAGCCUGAGGUACCCGAGCACUUGCCGGAGUUGCCCAAGCCCAAGCUGCCUCCUCCUCACCCAGCUGCCGUGCCUGAACUGCCCAAGCCUGAGGUACCGGAACACCCCGCCGUUCCAGAGCUGCCGAAGCCCGAGCUGCCUCCUCACCCCGCCGUCCCGGAGCUGCCAAAGCCCGAGCUGCCAGCGCACCCCACCGUGCCGGAGCUGCCGAAGCCUGAGCUGCCUCCUCACCCCACGGUGCCAGAGCUGCCAAAGCCGGAGCUGCCCUACCCGGAAGUACCAGAGGUGCCAAAGCAUGAGCUGCCGCCACCGAAGCCCGAGAGCCACUACCCGGUGCCAGAGACCACCAAGCCAUGA